AUGUGUUCGAAUGUCCAGACACUCACUCGAUGCCUUUGGUUUGGGCUAGCCACCAUCUCUCAAGCCGUCUUCGUUCCGAUACCCGACAAAGAGGUUCCUGUGACGCCAUUUGACUGGGGUAAACUUGAGUCCUCUCCGAAGCUCGAUUUUCAGAAAUGUUAUGACGGUUCUUUCGAUUGUGCGAAGCUGGUCGUGCCAUUGGAUUGGAACGAUCGGUCGAAUCCAAACAACAUAUCAGUCGCCAUAAUCCGACUCCCUGCUGUCGUUGAUCGGUCGGAUGAAUCCUAUGGUGGAGCGAUACUUGUCAAUCCUGGGGGUCCAGGAGGCUCCGGCACUGAUAUCCUGAUCAGUUCUGGAAAAUCGCUACAAGGCCUUGUGGACAGUGAGAAGCAUUUCGAUAUCUUGUCCUUUGACCCUCGUGGAGUUAAGUACACAACACCAAAUGUCGCCUGCUUCAACGACGAUGCCGCUAGACAGGCCCAAAUUAUCCUGGGUAUUGGCGCGGGUGGUUUGGAUCGUUUCCCUGAUGCUCUCAAUGUGAAGUGGGGACUUGACCAGGGCUUGGGCCAACUUUGUCAAUAUUCUGGCGACUUUGAAGAUGGAUCGAACAUUCGUCAAUAUGUCAGCACUGCAUUGGUAGCACGGGAUAUGCUCGAAAUCGUGGACCGGCUCGAUGAACACUUGAAGAUUGAAUUGCGAACUGCGAAUCCGCUGGCGGUCAAUCAGCAACAAAAGCUCACUAAAGAUCCCAAAGAGGAUGUCCCGCUCCUAAACUAUUGGGGCCUGUCCUAUGGGACGUACUUGGGAAACACUUUUGCUUCAAUGUUCCCGGAACGAGUCGGUCGAAUUAUUUUGGAUGGGGUUGUCGACGCAGAUGACUACGCUGCAACGGGGUGGACCUCAAAUCUCCGCGAUAAUGCUAAGACCUGGUCGAAGUUCUUCGAAUAUUGCUUUGAGGCGGGCCCAAAAUGCGCGUUCUACGAGCCGUCCAAUAAAUCACCAAAUGACAUUCGUGCGCGGGUGGACGCCUUCCUGGAGAAGCUCAAGGAGGAGCCAAUCCCUUUGAUCGUUGCAGGCAACUCAGUUCUCCUCACACACUACAUCCUGAGAAUAUCGCUUCAUACGUCGCUGUACUUCCCCAAUUCCUUCUGGCCUCUGCUCGCACGAUGGCUUCAGGUAUUGGCGAGUGGGGACUUGGUAACGGCAAGCUCAAUCAUAGAAACCGGAGAAUUAUGGCAGCAUCGAAAGCACAGAGGCUUUUCACCCUCCCUACCUCCUAUUCCAAAUCUCUUAGGCUUGGGGACCGUGUCCCUCGAGGACUCUGGUGAGCCCUUCCAAUUUGGCUAUACUUGGCAAACGGAAGCUUCAGUCUCGAUACUGUGCGGUGACGGAGAUGAUAUUACGGCUCGCACCAAAGCCAAUCACACCAAUUACCUGGCUCUCUUGGAGUCUCAAUCCGAGCUGAGUGCACCUAUCUGGGCAGAGAUUACGCUCCAUUGCAUCCACUGGCCAUGGUCACUGAGACCGUCAUCGAAAAAUCGUUUCAAUGGGCCGUUUCGAUCGAAACUGUCAGACUAUAACCCCAGAGGUAGUCCGCUUUUAUUCAUUGGCAACACUGCAGAUCCAGUGACGCCUGUAUACAAUGCCCACAAAAUGUCCAAAGGACACGAAGGGAGUGUAGUACUCACUCAAGAUAUCCCAGGCCACUGCUCCACCGAGAAUAAUCCUAGUAGAUGCCUCUUUCCCAUCGUCAGAGCGUUCUUUGCGAAUGGCACACUUCCGGAGCGCGACUUGGUGUGCGAGGGUAUUCGGAAACCUUGGGAUUAG